CCGUGAAGACAGGCUUGCUCAACUAAAUACUUGGACAUCUGCUGAAACCCGAAUCAUGCAGAUGUAUUCUAUCUCUCGUCUCAGCAUCAACUUCAUCUCCUUCGUCAGUUUAAGUAUGUGGACUUACAUCACUGUCUCCUGCACGUCUUUGUAUGCCCGCCGCCUCAUGGAGUACGACGAUAAGAAGGUAGUGCAGACUGAAAUGCACACCUUCACAAAUGGGACCCUGAUCGGCUGUGCCAGAGCAUGUUUAAGAGAGAAGUACUGUCUCAGUUUUCACUUCUAUCGCGACGGGCCAACCUGUCUGACUCUGCGGGAACGUCCUGACAGCGUUAUGGUGACGUCAACUGAUGACGUCAUUGGGUAUCAGCUGUUUCAGACUGAUAAGCCUUUGCCAGUGGUUGGUUCUGACUGUGAACUGGACGUGGACUGCAAGUCUCUGGUCGAUGCCCGCUGUCACAACGGUUCCUGCAGGUGUGACGUUGGGCAUCGCCUUCAUGGAAACAUAUGUCAGAGUUACUCAGUGGUCUGUGCGUCAUUCCCUGGCUACACCUGGGAUGUUGACAGUGGCAUGUGCUACAAGAUCGAAAGAGAGGGAAAGAACUGGGAUGAAGCUGCGAGCGCCUGCCGCUCCACCCAGGGGAAUCUCAUUAAACCUGACACUGUUGCCAAGAUGGGUGUUCUGAGACGGGUAAUCGAAGAUCAAUUUUGGAUUGGUUUACGCCUUAUUCAGACGGAGUGGAAGUGGGCUGACAUGGAAGUUGAUUCCAGAGACUGGGUCCUGCCACCUGAAAUGAUUGAUCCCAAACCUGGUGCUGGACCUAAAGUGUGGGACAACAAGAAGACCAAGAUUUUCAGAUCGGAGACUUCAGUGGGGCUGAUAUCUGGUGAUCAGUGGAUGACAGGCGACAAGUUGGCUUGA